AUGGGUCAUGCUGCUAUAACAUAUUUUGGGAUGAAGUACUGUAAUGCUUCCACGUUCUCGCUUUUCCUAAGAAGAUCUUUGAUUAAAUCAGUAGUUUCGUUGAAACAAGGGCGAGUUCAUUUUCAUAGUUCGCUCCAAAUUGUCUCCGACUUCAUCUCCCUACUUUUCAAUCUGUAUCAUUGCUACCACGCCCUCGGAAGUCCAAUUGUUGCCCAGCUCGCUUGCUGUUGUGUAAGUAUUUAUCCCAUAUUCGGAUCAUACUAUGUUCUCAUGUCUAACGCGGACUACAGAGCAAAAGUUUCUUCAAUAGUCAAAAGAGUUUAUGGUAGAACAGCUCGAGUUGAAUCAAUCUCAGUCCUAUCGAAAUCGAACUAG